AACACCAAGCUGUGCAGACCGACAUGUUGGCCUGGUCUGUAGAAGGACGAGGCAUGGACUGUAAGGUAUGCUUUAUCACAUAAGGAACGUAGAAAGAAACUAUGAUAAAACGCCGAAAACGCAACAUUGUAACCUGCCUCGUAGUUGCUGCGUUGUUCUAUACUUGCCGGCAGCUGAGGAGGCAGGGAGGAAGUACAGAACCCUCCGUCAACGAUGUCGUCAGUGAAAUGGCCCAGACUCGGAAUCAUUCCGCCAUGGUUUCCGGGGGUUCUUGCUCCCGGGUCAGUCCGACACCAGAGCUCGACAAACAAGCAAUGGAGACAUUCAAGGUCCAUGACUUACUUAGAAUGAAGAAGCACGACUUCUUGGCGGACUACAGGAACCCAUGCUGGCGGAAUCCCAACACCGGCAGGCUGAAAUGUCUGCCAUAUUUCUAUCUUGCGGGGUUUGCAAAAUGUGGUACGACGUUUGCCUUUCGAACUAUAUUCAGUCAUCCAGAUACAGCGAUGCCGGAAGUCAAAGAAUCUCAUUGGUUAUCAAAAACAAGGUUUAAAAGUCAGUCCAACUUUCUAGAUUAUCUUGAGGUGUUCGCUCCUGCUGCCAAAAAGAUGGAGGCGAAUUUGCGACCGCACCCUCUCACUGGGAAGCCGUUCCACCACCUCAUCACAGGUGACGGGUCGGCCUCUACAGUAUGGCGGAAUCACUUCUGGGACUACCUGCCAGGGAACUACUACUGCCCCGAACCACGUGUCGUCACCCCGCAUUAUGUUCACCACCUCAACCCCUCGGCCAGAGUCAUCAUCAUGACCAGAGACCCGGCAGAGAGGAUGAUAUCUGCGUACAACAACUUCGACCCCGGUACAGGGUCGCCCGAACACUUCCACGAAUGUAUGGCGAACCAGACCCGGGUGUACAGCGACUGUUUCUCCAGGUCCUCAUACAGAGCAUGCGUCUUCAAUGAAACACUUAGGAUAGCCACAUCUAAAGGACAUCACUGUCAGGUGGUGGCCGGCCUGUUCCACGUGUUCAUCAGUGAUUGGCUGGCUGUGUUCCCACGUGAUCAGAUCCUUAUUAUCAAAAUGGAGGAUAUGCGAGAUGAUUUUUACAACGUUUUCGCAAAGAUAUUCCAAUUUCUUGGUCUAAGUCCUUUAUCAAGAUCAGUGAUGGACCAACUGGAGAAUGAGGCAAAGUCAAAGUCAAGAACCAAACGCGUACACAUGAUGGACAAGACGCGCCAACUGCUGAAUGACUUCUACAAGCCCCACAACAUUCAGCUGACCAAAUUAAUAGAUGAUAGCAAACGUCCACGUGUGUGAUGAAGGUGAACCAAGAGCUGCCAGAUGACUCUUGUGUGCAAAUCUUCUUGUGAACCAGCAUCAAAAGGUCAUGUGAUGUUUCGGGGUGAGUGAAAGGGACAGUUCCUUUUUAGCUCACCAAGAGCUCAUGCUACCAGACGAU